AUGGCACCCAAGCGGCAGAUUCAAGCCCCGACGACAUCCCAAAACAACCAUGAAGACAGUGAGAGACCUAAGAAGCGUCGGGUGUCACUUGCCUGCGACUCGUGUCGCACCGCCCGCGAGAAGUGCGACGGGGCCAAGCCUCAAUGCGGGGCCUGUGUUUCGCAGGGCCGCCCAUGCUCUUACACACCCGCAACGAAGAAGAGGGGAGUCCAGACUGGAUAUCUGAGGACCAUUGAACUGUCCCUGGCCUGGCUUUUCCUCCAGUCACCAGAGUGCGAAAGCUCGCUUCAUGCCUUGUUGAAGCAGCCUGGAAACUCUCGCGAAACUCGCGCGUUGCUGGGAAAGGGUGGUGCUGGCCGUCAGUUGCAAAAAGUAUGGACGGACAGCCGAGUUCACAAGGCCAUCGAUCUUCUCCUCUCGGAAACACCAAAUGCGGCCUCUGAUGAAAAAACAUCUGGAAACAACUCGGACCACGAAGAACACCUUGCAGCACAUGCGCAACCUCGCAUGCGGGCUGUCAUGCCAAGAUUUGCCGGGCAAACCGACGACGCAAGUUCCGCCGCUUUGUCAUGCCGGCCAGACCAGAGCCACCAGACCAAAAGAGAUCGAUCUUUCACCAAACUACCUGAUCAAUGGGAACGCCUUCUCCAUCUUUACGCGUCCUAUACUCAUUGCUGGCUGCCUAUAGCGCAACCGGACGCAUUGCACUCCCUCGCAACGUCAUACGGAUCACAUGGAGUUGAACUGGAUCUCGCCACAGACCCGAGCAACCGCUCACUUCAUGCGGAGCUCUGGGCUGCGUUGGCCAUAGCGUCCUUCCAAGACAUUCCAAGGCCUGGACACGACAAUCUGGCAAGCUGGAAACCUGCUGACGUUUUUCUCGUUGCCCGCAGCCUCCUACCGGCAGACGACGGCAUUUUUGACAUUCACAGCGUCAACGCCACCAUCAUACACGCUGUCAUUCUCAUCGGACGAGGAAAGGCUUUUGCCGCGUCCCUCUUGCUAGGAAAGGCAGCCCGAAUAUUGCACCACCAGACCCAAUCAGCCGCAGAGACAUCAUCGCGACAAGCGAGCAUUCCAUCCACGGUACAACGGGAGACUGCUCUACUGUCAUGUGCUCUUCUGGAUACGUUGACCUGCUCACUCCUUGAUCAGCCGGCCAUGACAAACGUCUACGGCAAGGACUUUGCCACCUCCACCACCACGAUGGAGUAUUCCGGCUUUGAUAAGCCAUGGCCACCGAUGCCAAGCUUCUCUGCUUCGUUCGAUCGGCCCGGCCCAACAAUACAGCCCAUGAUGUGGCCGAUUCGUACCAUGGUGCAGCUGCACGCGUUCACGACAGUGCUAGACCGCCAGCUUUCUUCAUCGCUCAAGCACGGCGCCGCGACGCAGUAUCGAAGCCCCGAAGAUUUGGUUCGGAAACUCGACUCUCGAUUCAGCUUUUGCAACUCGCUGAUUGGCGGAAGCUCCAUCCCAACAGUGCCCUCGGCCUAUCUCGUCAAGCUUCUUUUCUUGGCCACAACCAUUGAGCUUGCACCAGAAGUUAGAUGUUCCCUCGUGUCUGGGUUUUUAGAGCUAGUAGAGUCUUGCCUGGAAAAGUUUGGCGCCGCUCUUACGCCUCCGAUUGUAUUGCUGCUGCUGCAACUUGUAGAGAAGCGAGCCAAGACUGACAACAUGGGCGAAACUGAGCAAGCAACAUGGCGGUCAGCCAUGGAAAGGCUGCGUAAUAUAUGGCAAGACGAGCAAGAACCCACAUGCGCGCCCAGAGCAAGCAUGGGCAAGUCCAUCCGGCAACAGAAUCCGCAGCGAGAAUCAUUUAUCCAGCCCUGCACCUCACACGGCCACGGCGUAGGUUCUAACAACCAAGGUCAUUCGAGUCCGCCAGCUACGCGACUGAGACGGGCCGGCUCGCAAAAAGGGGGCGAGGCGUCAGCUCAGACACACUUUGGGCACCAAGACGCUGUUCCGGAUGCAGCUUCCAUGCUCGACAGCGCCUCGUAUACAACGCAUACAACGCACGCGAACAACGACCGGGUGGACGCUCGACUCGCCCUUCCCACAAGCGACAGAAUGAAUCAAAACUUCGACUAUGACGCCUUGUUUGAAGACUUGGGAUCCUUUGGGUGCACCGAUGAUUUGGAAAUGGAUUCGAGGUUCAUGACAAAUCUUGGGUUCGCGCCAGGAUGCGAUUUGGCCGAGAUUUUUCAAGGCGAUUUCGGUGUUUGA